AUGCAGUUUUGUUGGAGAAGUUCUUCUGAGCCCAUCGAGACUGACAUCCGGAAAGUUGGCGCCCAGGUAACUCAGGUGCAGCGGUUCUUCAAUGGCUACAAGCAGGAUGUGAGCCGAUCUCUGCGAGAUGCGUCGAAGCCGUGGACCAAAGUCUUUGAUGCCAUGGAGGAGAAGACCGGCGUGGACAGGGUCAAUAUUUUCGUGGGUGCUAUUGGACUCUGCGCCCUCUACCUGACCUUCGGCUGGGGCGCCCAGAUACUGUGCAACAUUAUUGGGGUUCUGUACCCGGCAUACAUUUCCAUCCAUGCCAUUGAGUCCAGUACAAAGCAGGACGACACCAGGUGGCUGAUCUACUGGGUCACUUUUGCCAUCUUCACUGUCAUUGAAUUCUUUUCGGACCUGUUAACCUCGAUGAUUCCCUUCUACUGGCUACUGAAGUGUGCUUUCCUCAUCUGGUGCAUGCUGCCCAUCAAACAGAAUGGUUCCACCAUCAUCUAUCACAAGCUGGUGCGACCCUACUUCUUGAAACAUUCCGAAUCCUUCGACUAGAACGGUUGGUUUAGGGUCUGGUCACCAACCACAAUAAAUUUUAAUUCUGUAUUAAUUUCGUUGUUGAUAAGCACAUGUGGUCGCUGAGCUAGAGGAAAUCUCCGAAAUCUCAGUACUUGUGCUACCGCUUUUUGUGGACUCGGAUGUAAGCUCGAAAAGAAGAUAUAAUAUAUAUUGUGCAGUUUUCACAAUGAUAAUGUAUAGGAAAAGUCUGAAUAAAAGUUUAGAACAUAA